AUGAUGACCUCCCUUAAUCACAUGUAUUCUAAUCCUCUGUGGUCGAGUCGGUUGAGCCAUCUACAUCGGCCCUCCGAGGUGAGCAGUCAAAUUUCUAUACCACUUCAGCAGAAGCUUACAAAGUAUUUAGGAGGGCGAUUGGCAGCUCGCUUCCUUCAGGAUCUUUUCUCAGGCCGUCUCCCAGAGUCUAGGUUUGACGGAAGGCGCCUGGACUGCCCUUCGCGCCAAGCCUUCCCUCGCUAUACGAACGCCGGAACCGACCAUGAACUCGUCUUUAUCCCGUCACAAAGCUUCGAUGCUCCCUAUGGACCGGGCCGCGGAGAGAAGUCGGUGGUUUCUUGCAUGUGCAAGUACUGCCGUUACCACUAUGUCUUCCACAUUUUCCCCGGCGGCGAUGAGCAAGAACGUCCCGAGCACCUUGAACACCAUUUCCGCGACGGAGAUUCAGAGUGGUACCCAACUCCCGACGUUGACAGCAGCCCGGCUGCCAAGUUCUACCCUAUCGAGGGUCGGUUCAGGUUUUUCUGCACAAUGUGCAGCCUUCAAAUCGCUCUUGAAAUAACCCUUCCUCGCCUGAAGCCGGAAUGGGUUCAAAUGAUUAUGGACGAAAACAGGAUGAAGGAGAACCUUAGAAAGGCUAAGGAAGAGGACCCGGAUCGGUUCAGCUUCCCCCCUGAAAAGGAGGCAUUAUUGACUUCUUCAUCCUUCAUGACCCUGAAUCAGUACCUCAGGAAUAUCGUCGAAGAUGAUACCAGGAGAAUAUCUCGUCGGAACAAGACGUUCCAGAUUCAGUUUGGUGAAGCCUGCGAGUUCUUGUUCCGCUACCUUGAGUUCGAGGAUGGAACAGAUAACAAUGGCGAUGCUUGCUGGAUCCAGCCUCGCCUUACGCCACAAGAAGGGAAGACUCCUCUCGGUUCCCCGAGAGCCUUUUACGAGGAUGUCAGAAGUGAGGUGCAAAGCAUCCUCGGGGAGAAACCACCGGGCGAGGGCCAGCCUGUGGUCAAGCCUUGGUUGGCUCGAGAACAGUUGGAAAAGGUGCUUCGCUGCGGCUCGACCGCCCGGCUUGCGAAUCAAAUACCGCUCGAACCGAAUGAGGAAGAGAAUCUGAGGAUUCUUGGAGCUCCAGAGCGGAUCGAGGAUUCCCUGCUCGAGUUUGCCUACUGCCGUCAGAUUGAGACAGACCCGGAACACGCAUCUGACUAUCUGAGAGCAUUGGGUGAUCUGGCCGGCUGCCGGUCCGUCGAUCUCCAGAUGUUUGUGUUUGAGCAGCAGGAGCUCCUUUCGAAAAGGCAAAACGAGAGAGUCACAGCUGCUCUAGAUGCAGGACCGACGGAGAGUGCCUAUGCUCACUUCAAUCUUUCCAGUGACUGCCCUGAGCCUGCAUCCUACUUUAUCAAUGUUUACAGAACAUACAGAGAGCAAUCCCCAGCGCAACUCUCAGCUCAUCGUCUUGCCCUGCUCCAGAUUGGCAAGGAUCGAAAUAACCAGGAAAUCCUCAACGAGGUAUACUCAACCAAGAUGGAUCUCUCCGAAGCAUGCCAACUCUUGAGAGUCUCUUCCGAGUGGCCGAUGGAUAGCAUCGCGGCCCAGGCACAGAGUGUUUCAUCUGAUGUAGAUUUCGAUCUCCUUCUUAUGGCUCUUGAGGCAAUUUCUAAAAGUAGGCCACAAGAUGAUCCCAAUCGGCCGGCAUUUGAGAGCGUUUUGACAGAGCUGCGUUCGACCCGUUACCCUCAGUCACCCGGCGGCCCUGCAACCCAGUCGGGAAAUCAUCUCUCGCAAGCUAGUGGAUCAAGAAACGCUGAGGCUCCUCCUGUGGUCGACUAUCAGCUACCGGUUGGGCUUGCAAACCUGAGAAAUACCUGCUAUCUGAAUAGCAUGCUUCAGUACUUUUAUUCGGUCAACGCCGUUAGGGAUCUGGCCUUAAAGUCCGAUCUUCGCGAACUUGAGCCAACCGAAGAGAGCAUGAAGGAGCUUCUACGGAGCAUCAAUACCGAGCAGCAGAAGCUUGAGACCGGAAGAGCCUUCGUUGGCCACGAGUUCACUCGCGAAUUGAGCACUUUGUUCCGUGAACUCGAUCGCUCCCGGGAAAGUUCAGUCACACCCCGACAGAGACUCGCCAAUGCUGCCCUUCUCAGGCCUGAAAAGCUGCGGCAGCGAUCAGCAGAGCCCAAAGACACGCCCGGUUCAAGCAACGGAGAGGCACCCCCACUCCCUCCUCGAACUGGAGCACCGCUGAUUUCCAACCUUCCGGCUGCGCCUAUGGAGAUCGAUCAAUCCGACUCUGUAAGCACUCACAGUUCCUUAACGCUCAUAGGCGAUGCCUCAUCGGGCACUGUCACCGUGGACGUGAAUCUUGAAAAUGGCAAGGAGACAGUUGUGCAGGGAAAUCAGGCGCCUGCUGAUAAACUGCCCUCUGACUACGCAAUGGAGGCAUCCAGCGAGCGCCCUUCUGAGGGAGAAGCUCAAACAUCUAAGCUCACUGUCGAGGAGCUCGCGGCUGAGCUCGAUAAGCCUAAUGUUGGAUCAGACCAGAUGGAUGUUGACGAGGUCAUGGGCAAUGCCAUCGACCACCUGAGAGCAGCGUUCAAAGUUUCUAGAAUUGGCCAAUCCGACAACAUUCCUGACCCGAUUGAACAAGCAUUCUUCUCUACCUUCAUCGAUAACCGCAAGAAGAUCGGAGAGGCCGACUGGAAUAGGUCAAGCAGAACAGACCGCUGGGUGACCGCAUAUCCUGCCCCGUCAGGCUCACGCGAUCUCUAUGAGGCCCUUGCCAACUCUUUCGAUCUCGAGCGCAUGUCCGACGAUCUCCUGUCCUUUACUACAAUCGAACAUCCGGCCCCGCAUUUCCACAUCUGCAUCCAGCGAGCAGAUGGCGUUAGGAAGAACUCCAACCCAAUCAUCAUCCCUGAGACUCUCUAUCUUGAUCGUUUCAUGCACACUGCCGAUACCAAUUCCCCGAUUUUCCAGGCCAGGAAACGGAGAUGGGAUAUUAGGACUAGAUUGGCAGAGCUGGACAAGUCCCCUGGCAAAGCUGCCAACAACGCAAACGCGCGCGCUCAGACUACCGGCCGCUCGUCACCAGCCGAGCAGGAGUUUACUGAUGAAGAAAUUGACGACUUCAUUCUUGUUACAAGCCCAAAGACGUCGGCCCCUGCUGAUGGUUCAUUGAGCGCACAGCUUAGCCAUGGUCAAGCCCUCGACAACUCCGAGAUCGAGCGGUUAUUGGCAAAGUACGGUCCCAUCGAGACCCCGUCUACCCAGCCGGCUGCCCAUGAUCAGCCACAGAUGCGACAGGGGGCGUCAGCUCAAGAGCGUGCACAGAGCCCCAACGCCGACUCUGAUUCAGUAUCCAUCCCCCCUGCCGAACUGACCGGCUUCUGGGAGAUGUUCAUCGAAGAGGAACAAAUCGAACAAGCCCGCUUACUUGCCGAGCGCGACAACUUCUUCAAAGACUCCCAGUCCGUCGCCUAUCGUCUACACGCCGUCAUCUGCCACGCGGGCUCCGCCUCCGCCGGCCACUACUGGGUCUGGAUCCACGAUUUCGAGCAGGACGUCUGGCGCAAGUACAACGACACCACAGUGUCCGUCCACCCGGCCAGUUUUGUCUUUGACCAGCUCAGCACCAAGGGCGAGCCGUAUUACCUGGCGUAUGUGAGGGCGGAUAAGGUGAACGAGUUGGUUAGCAUUCCGAGGAGGAGGCCACCGACACCGCCGCCGGUUCCGCCUAGGGCGAAGUCCCCUGUGGAUGUGCCGAUGGUUGAUGUUGAUGGGGAGAGGAGCGAGGUGCAAAAUGGGGAGGUGAUUAAGGUUGAGUUUAAGGAAAAUGUGGAGGAGGAGAAGGAUAAGGAUACGGUGAUUAUUCCGGAUUUGGCGUGA